CCCUUUUAACCGCUGGCUUGCCGGAGCUGCCUGGCGAACGGGAGUCGCUGGAUCAGAAGGCAGAGGGAGUGACGCUCCAGGUAUAAAUAAAUAACAUUCUGGGCCACCACCCAAGAGGGGUGGAGUGAAAGCUGGUGAAGAAGAAGCUGGGAGGAAAAGAAGGAGAGCACGAGAGGUGGACAAAUGAAAGGGAAAAAAAAGAAAUUUUCUGGGGAUUUCUGAGAACUCUAAGCAAACUUCCCGGACGUUGCUGGACAAAAGUGGAACAGGAUCCAACUCCGAACGCUGGGAGGAUAUAGAGUUUUUUGUGGCUUGGAUUGCUUUGGCACUGCCCCUUGGCGGAGGCAGCGGAUUGGGGCGACUACAAAAGCAGGAAGGGAGACGGGACGUUCCUGUGAGUCACUUGAGGUGUGGGAAAAGGCAGUUGGAGUCUUCUUCUGAGCAAAGAUGCCCAUCCUCAAGCAGUCCCCAGUUUCUCAUUCCAAGAAGAGGCCCCGUCUGGAUCGAGCCAUGAUUAGUGCCCCUUUGGGGGACUUUCGACAUACGAUGCACAUUGGCCGUGGGGGUGAUGCUUUUGGCGAUACGUCUUUCCUCAGCAACCACGGGGGCUCCAAGACCAAUGGGUUGCCUCAUGAUGUGGCAGUGUCUCCUGGGUCCCUUUGUUCUCCUGGAGAUGUUUCUGGUUGCUUUGAACUGCUGUCUCCUCCUGGUAGCGGGAAUGGCAUAGUCCAGAGUCCGGCAACAUCGACCCCUGAUGGCAGCUUUGUGGUACUGCAGAGCCCAGAGAAGGCUGACUGGAAGCCACAAAAGCCCCCUAAUGGAGAAGGUUGGGACCUGCAACAGAAGUUCUCCUUGGAGAGUUCCACGCUGGAACAUGCUGAAUCCCUUCUCUCUUUCCAGCUGGACUUGGGACCUUCCAUCUUGGAGGAUGUGCUUGGAGUGAUGGAUAAAGACUGGGACAGUAUUAAAGGGCAGGAGCAGGAAGCAUUGAGGGGUGAGAGCCCAAGCCCACUAGGGUGCCCCCAGCAGGGGGAUGAAAAAGAAGAGGAAGAAGAAGAAGAGGAGGAGGAAGGGCAGAGCUACAGUUUUGAAGAUGAACAGGAUGAAGAGAUUGGGUUAUAGGAAGAGGAACAUCCUGGCUUUGCCCUUUCUUUUCUUUUCCCCACCCCUAAAAUUUCUGCUAGCCUUCUCUUGCAGAGUUUUUCAGCCUCUACUGCAGUAGUCAGCAGUUGGCAGCCCUUUGGCCAAAUAUGGCCAGCAAAUGACUAUUAACUAAUCCACCAACUUAUCCCUAUAGAGAAGCCUUUUACCUUCAGAUUUCUUAUUGUUGUGUUUACACAGGAAAACGCCAAUCAGAAUCUUAUGGCAUGUUCCGUGAUGCUACUUUUGAAAAAUAGGUUCCAGAAGGUGCUUCUAAUCCUUGUCUCUCUCCACUUCUCAAUGACUUAUAUUCCUUCCAAGGCCUGGGACAGUGCAACUUCUUUGUACUGGAAAAAUACGUCUUGGCUUCAGCCCAUCUCCUCUGUCUGGAAUCAAAGUGACAUACCACUGAGUCUGUUACGAAACUUUCUGUCCAUCAACUGCUCUUAUGUUUAUCAUUUUUACUUAACCGUCUUGAAUUCCAGCUCUCUAAUCCACUGUUAGUUUCUCUCUAUGAACUUGGAAUAUGCUUUGAGGAAAGGCCACCUAAGCAAACAGACUGAGAGGAUGUGAGGACACAGUCUUAACCAAGAGGCACAUUGUUGGAAGAAAGGACAAAGAGAGAAUGAUACAGUGUUGGAAAAUCUGUCUAAUAAUCUCCAAUUAUGUAGCCAGUCUCUUCUAUCAACCUGUAUGCUAUUAUGACAUUCAAAGGUAUGAAGUCUUUAUCUGUCCACCAAUCUCUUUUCAACUGAUGAACACAGGCUAGCCCAACAGCUUCCAUUUCAAAAUUAAUUCACUGAUCAGUUCUUUCUCUUACACCUAUAGAUCUGUAUAUCCAAAGCAGUAUUGUCUCUGUUGUGAGAUUUCUUCUUAAGAGAUGAUUUUGUGUUAAGACAAGAACAUGGUUAGAAGGAAAACAAGAACUUCUUCACGUUUUCUUGAAGCCAGUGAAAAGGAGAUGGCAGGAAGAAUGAAGAAAAGAUGUUUGGUUCAUAAUUUGAAGAGACUGUUGAGCGAGCUGCGAAUAUCCACACACCUAGUUGCCUAUGAAAAGGGACAGAAUUUUCUCCCAGUGGCCCACCUCAAUGUUUUUUGCAUCCUGUAUAAAAGAGGAAUCUGUUUUUGGCAAUCCAUUCAUGUACAAAAAAGGACAAAAUUUUCAACGGACAUGGUAGCUGGAACAAUUCCCACGUUAUUUUUCUCUUUUGGCUAGUCACUUUUUAAAUGGAUUUAUUUAUGAAGGACAAAACUUGGAAUGCUCAUGUGGAAAAAAUAUGCAUCAGUUUUUUUUCUUCAUUAAAGCUGUGACGGGGUCGGGCGGUAAGGCAGGGUUGCAUCCGUAGACGGCAUCUCUAUCUGACAUGAACUGGAUCCCCUUUUAAAUAAGGUGCUUUUAAGCUGAAUACAAUUCAGUGGGCUAGAAGUGGCAAUAACUGGAGAGGGAUUUUCACUGGCCAACGUAUUUUUGAACAACCCUUCUGUAAUCCCAGAUCCUGAUCCACCAAAUGAAUAACUUGUCCUUUUGCCCAUCAGAUAUUUCUUUUGUGUUCUUUUUAAAAUGGGAUUCUGUUACAACUUUCUUGGCUUCCCUAAAUUGGCCUGCGGGAACAUUGUCAAAUAGGGGAUAACUCAUUUUUGGAAGGUUAAUGGUAAACAGUUGGGAAACAAAUCUGCCCGUUCUCUGUAUAUAUGCAGAGGUGGUGGUACAGCUGUAGAUGUAUUUGUUUGUGCUAAAUGUAAGAAUGCUUAUAUAAGGAUAAUGCCUCCCCGUUACAUUCCCCCUCUGUUCUCCCCAUAGUCUUUAUCCACACUCCUGUUCCAAGUCUGAGAUCUGACUGCCGGUCACCAGGAUCCACCUUGCCUUGGCAAGCUGUUUCAGGAAAUAGAAAACAACUUUGUAUUGGCUCCUUAGGGGACUGCUUACAGAUGGAUCUAGUCUAUAUGUUCUCGAUUCCACCGUGUUUCUGCUUUGGGUUCUUAUUCCUGAUUCAUUUAUCAUGAUGGAAAAGGUAUAUAGAACUGUAAUGUAUAUGGCCUUACCUUAAGUAUUUACCUGCUACAAAAAAGAAAAGUUGUUUUCCUUGCCAGAGUGAGUGUUAUCACCUCCUGUCCCUCUGCAUAAAGGGGACAAGAUUUAAAUAUGUCAGUAUUAUGGGGGAAUAAGGGUGCUUAGUACAGUCCUGACAUUGCUACAAGAUAAAGUAUGCAUCACCUGUGAAGCUCCCAGAAGCUAUGGCUGCAGCCUCAUGAGCUUCUCCAAAUGUUGCCACUGAAUUGUCAUUUUUAAUAUAAAGGAGGGGGAAGAAAUAAUUAAUUUCAUGGAGAGCAAUCAUGCAAACUCUGUUUCAUUUAAAAUUCAGUGUUGUUUUUGUCUGGUUUUGGGAGCGUCUGCCCCUUAAAAAGCCAGAUACUUCCCUCUGAUCAUAAAGAGCUAAACACCUUUGCAGUAGAUCUCACUUACUUACCCCCUAUCCUCUAGUAUAACACCGGACGUAUUUGAUUAUUCUCUGCUCUUUUGCAAAUGAGACAGGUGAGUGGCGAUGGAGCAGGAAAGAUUGUUUAAGGCUGUGACCAUGCUUUUGCAGCACCUGUCCUUCCUUAGAAAGUGGUCUUGGCUUUGUGGUGGGAAACGUGCUUUCUCUAAUUUUGCUCUACUGGGUCGCAUGUCCCAGCAAGCAGUUUCAAGACCGGAAGUGAAUAUUGUGGUACUGGUGAUUCUUAGCUGAAGAAUGUAAGUUUGGGCAGGAGAUAUCAGAAACUUAAGGAAAUGGAGGUUCUCCAUCAUUUGGGGUUCUCCAUGUGAGGUAUAAGAAGAGUUUUAAUGUAUUAGGGUGGAACGGUUGGGUUUUUCAGGAAGUAAAGUACAGAAUGUUACAACAGAAGCUAAGGUCCCAUAAAUUAAUGUUGGUCUUCAGCUCAGGACUUAGAUUUAUUAUGGGUGGAGGUAUCUCCCAACUUUAGCCAACUACAAACAGGAGCUUAGCUGAAGAAUGUUCCAUCAGAUAAUCACAAUGUACAACCAGUUAUUGCUCCAGAUCAGUGUUUCUCAACCUCAGCAACUUUAAGAUGCAUGGACUACAACACCCAGAAUUCCC